UUCAAAUUAACAUUGACUUGGUGCAUUUGCUGGAAACACGCGAUGGAAGACCCUUCUCGUAUUGUGACGGUGAUCGAUUGAUGAAUGGUGUUGUUUGUUAACUGAAAGUGGCAUACGCAAGAAUACAAAAAAUAUAAUCUCUGUAUGAUAUGUGUGUCUAUGAUGGACGCACUGCGUUCAUCAUUAGUCACUAUUCCAUGGCCUCUGUGAUCGGCUCGAUCCGGCCCAGCCAUCUAUCUGUUCAACAACCCCUAGGACUGCGCCUAUUCACCCGGCCUGCAUCUCAACCGGUGAGUGGCUCGAGCUGAACUUGGGCAACAUCGCCUCAUUUAGCGACCCCCAAUGCCCUGAGGCCAAACCCCCUGUCCCGAUUGAGCGAGUCGCCCUCCCCUACUCUCAUUGCUUCCAAGAAAACAAAGACUUCGGGGAAUUUCUCACUUGUUCAGUACUGCUUAGGGAUGGCGAGGGUCAUGAUGAUAUUAAAUAUUAAUGCUGGCAUCUCUCCCCGCUGAGGUGUUUAACCGCAUUGUGAAUCUGAAAGAGUUGCAUCUAAGUGACAAUGAACUGCGAUCCAUUCCUGUGGGUGCGUUCAAUCAGCUUGUGAAUUUACAAAUACUAUGGCUGUACAACAACAAACUGACGGCUCUACCCCCCGGGGUGUUUGACAAUCUGGCAAAUCUGGAGAAGCUGCAUUUGUACGACAACCAGCUAACGUCUCUCCCUGCUGGGGUAUUUAACCGUCUGGUUAAUUUGCAGAAGCUGCAUUUGUAUCAGAACCAAAUGUCAGCUCUCCCGAAUGGGGUGUUUGACAAACUGACUGAACUGACUAUCUUGGAUCUACGUACCAACCAGCUGCAGGCUCUACCCACUUUGGUGUUUGACAGCCUGGUGAAUCUGAAAGAGCUGCAUCUGUGGGGAAACCAACUGCCAUCCAUUCCUGUGGGCACGUUCGAUAAGCUGGUGAAUUUACAAAAGGUGUGGCUGUACAACAACAAACUGACAACUCUACCCGCCGAGAUGUUUGACAGUCUGGCAAAUCUGAGAGAGCUGCAUCUGUGGGGAAACCCGCUGGUGUCUCUCUCCACUGAGGUGUUUGACAAACUCAAUCAGCUUAGUCUAAAUCCAAAACAAUAUCCAACUCGGUAGAAGUGCAGCCGUAGAGGAAGGGCUCC